UUGUGAACCUUGCUCGCGUGUAUCAUCAUUUUCUGCCGCUGCUGUUUGCUCUCUUGUGCGUCUCUAGAGACAGAAAUAGAAGAUACAACAGAGCUCCCUAGUAAAGUCCACGAGUGUAUGACUGUCACCAACUUAUUCAGAAGGAGUGUAUGGUUGGGACACCAUUUUACAACGUCAGUGGGAGUUGACAGUAUAGCAGAAGAACCGACAGACUCUCCCCCUUUCACCUUUGAUACGCUUUUAUAUGCAUUCUCUGAACAUUGCAGACCUUUGUGGGACCGUCCUGCCAUUUCUACAGCUAUUCAAAGAUCCAAACCUUGUCAUUCUAAUCGGAGUUCUCUACCAGUAAAGAGCAGAGAGAGGAAUCAUGGCGUUUGUUAAUGUCAAUCGUGAAAACACUGACCCGUACUAUAGGUACAAGAUGCCUUUGUUGAUUGCUAAAGUGGAGGGAAAGGGUAAUGGAAUAAAGACUGUCAUUGUCAACAUGGUUGAAAUUGGCAAGGCUCUUCAGAGGCCACCGUCUUAUCCAUGCAAGUAUUUUGGUUGUGAGUUGGGUGCUCAGACUCAAAUGGAUCCAAAGAAUGGGCGCUACAUUGUUAACGGAGCUCACGAGGGUCCAAAGCUCCAGGACCUUCUUGACGGGUUCAUCAAAAACUUUGUCCUUUGCGAGGAGUGUGAAAACCCCGAGACUAACUUGGUUGUUCAAACUGGGAAGAACCGUAUUGUUCAGACCUGCAUUGCCUGUGGCCACAGUCGUCUUGUUAGCGAGCGUCAUAAGCUCACAGCUUAUGUCAUCAAGAACCCGCCACAUUUAGCAGCAGGUGGUGCUGAUGAUGCAGCAACAGGAGGGAAAAAAGAUAGGAAGGGAAAGAAAGGCAAAGGUAAAAAAGAGAAGGAGCCAACGUCUCCAAGCGUGGCAUCUCCAAAUGAUAUUGACAAAGAAUUUGAUGUUGCUGUGCCUCAACAGAAUGGAACUAGUCAUAAAGGGAAGAAUAAGGAUAAAAACGCUGAUGACGAUGAUGAAGAAUGGAGCGUUGAUACUAGUGAAGAGGCUGUGAGGAAGAGGCUUGAGAACCUUAGUGAGGGUGCCACUGUACUGACACUCAAUGAUGAUCUUGAGAAGAGCAACAGCGAGAGGGUCAACAUGUUUUACAAGCAUGUGGAGGGAAUUAAGGCUAAUGGUGGUAUUCCGGCUAUUGCCAGUUCACUCUCCAAAAUCAAAGGUGAAGCCGAGCGUCUUGAAGUCCUUGAUACAGCUGCUGGUAUAAUGGCUGAACUCCUUUAUACUGACAAUCUUCUCUCUGAAAUAAAGCAAUACAGAGCAAUAAUGCUCCACUUUGUUCAUGAGAAUAAGAAAGCUCAGAAGACACUCUUGGAUGCAUUUGAGAUACUUGUUGGUAAGGUCUAUCCUGAUGUGCUCCUGCCAAGGGUGCCACACAUUCUCAAGUCAUUCUAUGAUGAAGAUAUACUGGAAGAAGAGUCUAUACUUGAGUGGCAUGAUAAGGUGUCUAAGAAGCUUGUUGGUAAAGAGAAAGCUCGUGAGAUUAGAGAAAAAGCUGCUCCUAUAAUACAGUGGCUGAAGACAGCAGAAGAGGAAUCUAGUGAAGAUGAAGACGAUGUUGAGGUUGUUUACGAAAAUGAGACAGCUGGCGACAAGCUGAAAGUAGUCUCUGAGACUAUACCAGCUGGUAAAGUUAUCAAUGAGGCUGUCGAUGAUGAUGAUGAUGAUGAUGAAGAAGAGGAGGUGAAUAUCGAUGAUAUAUGAUGCUCUUCCCCCAAAAAAAUUUGUCAUUUUAUUAUUGCUUGAACAAGUGUACACUUAUUAUACCACAUAUUAUUACAUGUAUUAUUAUACAAGUAAACCUGCUAUUAUUAAUAUAUUGCUAUUGCAUAUUAUUAUUAUUGUUACUAUUAUUAUGGGUGUGCUGAACUGCUAAUCUUUAUUAAAAUAAUAAUAACUGAUGAACCAUAAUCUGUAAUUGUUUACUUUAAUAAAUCUUGAUUUUUAUUCAUUAUAA